AUGGAAUCCGUCGGCCAUCAUGUGGCCGUCCCGUUGCGCGGCGGCGGGAAGAAGAUGCGCAAACGGCGCGAACUGGACGCCCUGGUCGCGCACUCGUUGGCCAAGGGCUCGAAGGGAGGUGGCCGGCACAUCGCCAGCAAUGGCGUCGCUUCCCACGAUCAGCUACUAUCGAACUCAACCGACGAACAGGAGGACUACUCGUGGCAGCCCAAAGUCCGCACACAGUCCCGGUGCCGGGCGAAACGGUUCUCCUGUUUACGCACUUGCGGUCCGCUCCUGUUCGUGUCCUGCAUCUUCAUCUCGCUCGGCUUCAUGUACUGGCUGUACUUCGAUAUCCGGCAGCAGAUAUCGCAGUAUCGCAUUCGCAUCGAGCAAGUGUCUGCAACUAGUCAAAAUGUACCGGAAGCGUUACAGAAGUGGCACGAAACGUCGAAGAACCUCGAACAAAACCAGACCGCCCUCAACGGAAAGCUGCGCGAGAUGCAACAAGUGCUCAGCAAUUUCUUCAACGAGCUGAAGGAAUUACGUGAAUCGAUGGACAAGAAAAACGAAAACUCGCAGAAAGCACAACUGAACGCCUUGCAGUCGAGCGUCGCCGAUCUGGGCUCCAACAUUGGCGAAUCCAAGUCGCGAAUCACCGAACUUGAGACACGUUUCGUGUCGAUCCAAACCGAGCAGAAACAGUUGAACAAAACACUCGACGAGCUACAGACUCUCUUCGGGCGCAUUCAAAACACGACUGCCGUAUCCGAAAUCAUGGGUGCCGGGGGAGCGCAAGAUGUUGAGAAGAAGAUCGUCGAUCUCCGUGACCAGCUAACCGAUCAGCUGAACAAGCUGGCCGCAAACGUGAGCAGCGAACUACAGGCGCUUCACCAGAAGAACGUUUGGCUCGACAAUGACCUCACGAACCACUCGCAGCGCAUCGAUCGGCUGUUCGACAACACGGCCAACAUUUCGUCGGUAGUGUCUUCGAUCGAGGCGGUCUGGUGGGAGAUACGCAACAACAUGAGCUCCCUCGAAGCGGACCGGAAAGCACAAAACGAUCAGUUGGGCGCCUUGGCCAACGUAACGACCGGGCUGCACGGUACGAUCGCGAAGGUGCAGGAAGAGUGCCAGCAGUACCACAGCAAGCUGGACGGUGUCAACGGCAAGCUCGGUGCACUCCAGGACCAGAUACAGCAGGUGGAAACGAAGGAAGCCAUACAUCGGUCGCGGGAAGCGAACAACACGCAGAAGCAGAUCGCCCAGGAAAACUUGCCGCCAGAUUUGUCGCAGUUUUUCGCUGAGCAGAUUGCCAGUGAGGACAAACCCGUCACACCCAAACCGACCGUUCCAUCGGCCACACAAGCAUUUCUAUACGCUGGCACGCUAGUGACUCAAAUGUCGACCACACCACAACCGGCCGGAACCACGGCUGCCGCAGCAUCCAUGAAGGCAACGGCAACACCGACGACCACGGGAAACAAAAAACCAGUCGCUCCGUUCGAUUCCGUCAUGUAAAAUGGUGUGUACCGAACACAGAGUGGAACAUGGGAUGGCCAUUUCGAAAACACUGCACAGAUUGAUGAUUAUCUAAUGCAACGAGUUGACGCGACCGUGCAGUUCGCUCACGGUUAGCGGCAUGGUAAACCAAAGUUUUAAAUAAUUCAAUUGACGUAAGUAAGUCGCGGGAAACAUUGUGGAACACAACAAAUGGAUUAUAUUGUAGGAAAAUGAGGAAAAACAGGAAAAAUGUGAGCUAAGGAAAAAGCAGCAGAGGUACAGCAAACCGAUCGAGCGAGUGGCCGGUAUAUUUAGACGAGAUUGGCUUACAGAAAAGACAAACAGCGGGCCCUCGAGUGAUGUUGAAAAAUCAAACUUUCUUGGUGCGCAUCGAUGCAAAGUGAGUUAGACAUUGAAGACAAAGAAACAAGCAGAAAUAGGCGUAACAGGGCAGGGCAGAAGGUACCCCGUUUUCACUCACGUAAUUCAGAUUAGUUUUAGCGGUAAGAUCGCAACAAAACAAUAGAAAAUUAACACCACAAACAUCCUAAAGCGAGUGAUCGGAGCAGGGCGGAACGUAGAAACACUUUUUCAAUUAUUGAACAAACAUCGAAAACGAAAAUGGCAGAGAAGAUUGAUGAGCAAAGAAGCGGUGAAAAUUUACUCAAGUUCACAAACGCUCCACUUCCAUAGUGGUUCCCCCGUUUCACCAAUAGUUUCAAGUAGAAGUCAUUCGAGUUGUGCGUGCAAAACAUUAGUAUUUAAUUCGCACUUACAGAUCCAUGCCAAAUCAGUAGCAAAAACAGGAAACAUACUUUCGGUACCUUGCAGAAUGAAUUCUACUUUUAGUGCGGGCAGACCCUGGAGAUGUAACAAUCAAUGAUUGAUGGAGAUAUAGAGAGAGCAGAGAGAACUCACCCCUCACGGAUAGCGCAACUAUUACUAUUUACUGCUGAUACUCAGAGGCAACACGAUAGAGGGCGGAAAUGUGGGAAGGAAAGAUGGAUUUUUUUUAGAAAACACACCUCCACGUGACUCUCCUUCCCGGCGGUAGAUGUAUUUUAUCAUACGUUAGUACAUAGGGUACGUUCACACACACACAUCACCUUAGCACACCGGCGCCAACAGCACCGCUUGCCAACCGUGUCUAAGUCAUGCUUUGAACGCUCGGAAGGCUUCCACUGUCUGUGUCCCUGUCGAGCUACUUAUCUGCAAAUGGUCCGAAUCAAGUGAUAAGAAACACAGCGAUGGCCGAUUCGGUGGUGUGGUGCAUGGUGAAUACUUUGCUGUGCUCUAGGUUUAUUGUUUUCGCAAACCCGCCAAGGGAUGUCCGCCUUGCUUGCCAAGGAUUUAUCAAAAAUCCCUGCAUCGGCAGUUUAUGUUCCCGUUCCCUUGGUUGUGCUCGUUGUGCAGCUCCUGGCUUUUAAGUUUAUUGUUGAAGAUGCACCUAAACAUACUGACGCGUAGCGAACACUCACAAAAUGAAGAAAAUACUAAGAGAGACAUUUGUUAGAAUUGUUAGUACGUACCGUACGAACUGGUGAACUAAUCGAGACGAUCUCGGUGGAUACAAGAAAAUCAUAGUUUCAUAUCCUCGCCCCUCUUGCGCCUCGGCUGCGGUCUAAGCGAGAAAAGGAUAGUAAUGUGCAGGUUGUACUUAUUUCUUUUUUACGUUUCAUACUUUACCGUAUAGUGUUAGCGCUCUUAGUUUUACUGAUAUUUUUUUAUUUUCAAAUGUCGGCAAAGUGUAAGCGAACUCGACAGGGGCGCAUGCGGCUAGAGGUACGAGUUAGCGGAACUUGACCGAAUUAUUAUGUUUAGUCCUCGCUUUUCUUUUCGUUCUAUUUUACACUUCAUAUAAUUUGACUGCCAUCUGUCGAUUGCGUUUUGCCGAACGAAGCAAACCCGUAACGAAGAGCGAGGAUCGAAGAGAACUCCGAUACGAGAACUCCAAACCAAUACGAACGUAUAUGAUACAACCAAAAAACAAAACAAACGAACAAAGCAAAACCGGCCAACAGGUGGCAAACGGCAGUGUAUAGAUCGAGAAGCCAAUGUUAUAGAUUCAUUCAUCACACAAACAAACACACGUACAGGUACAUGGUUUGGCUAGGAUAUCAGACUCCAAUAUACUGAUU